CAUUAAAAACAAAACAAAAAACCCUCAGAUGUAUAAGACCUAAAAAGAGAAAGCUGAGCAGUGGUCAGAAAAAAAUACCAGAAGAGAGAACCAGAAAAAGUAUGGUCAUGGAAACCAAGGAGGAAUCAAAUUUUGAGAAAGAAAGUAAAGCUAAUGAUGUUAAAAGAAACAUGUGACUGAUAAGAUUUCCCUGUUAUACUAAAAAGUUCCAAGCAACACCAUGGUGGGAAACAAAGGGUAAUACUGAUUUCCAUUUUCUUUCCUACAGAAUCCUUACUUUGGAUAUUUUGGAUAUCAUGGCUUUGGAGGUCGCCCUCCUUAUUAUUCAGAAGAAAUGUUUGAACAAGAUUUUGAAAAACCCAAAGAAGAAGAUCCUCCUAAAGCAGAAAGUCCAGGCACAGAACCCACAGCUAAUUCAACAGUUACUGAGACGAAUUCUACCCAAUCAAAUCCUAAAGGGAGUCAGGGCGGAAAUGACACCAGCCCCACAGGAAACAGUAUCCCAGGACCGAACACUGGGAACAACCCGCCAGCUCAAAAUGGGAUUGUCCCGCUCCCUGCAGUCAACACUUCAGGCCAGGGAGGGCCAGGAAGUCAAAUCCCAUGGAGACCAAGUCAGCCAAAUAUUCGUGAAAAUCAUCCAAAUCCUAAUAUAAGAUAUUUUCCUUCAGGAAGACGGUGGUAUCCCACUGGUACUGCCAUGGGGCACAGACAGAAUGGGCCUUUUUACAGAAAUCGACAAGUUCAAAGGGGUCCUCAGUGGAACUCCUUCGCUUGGGAAGGUAAACAAGUAGUUCGUCCAGGAAAUCCAGUUUAUCACAAAGUUUACCCUUCUACUUCAAGAGGCAAUUAUCCCAAUUAUGCAGGAAAUCCAGCAAAUCUCAGAAGAAAGCCUCAGGGGCCAAAUAAACACCCUAUGGGAACUAAUGUUGCCCCAGUUGGUCCCAAACAUGGCCCUGUUGUUCACAAUGAAAAAAUCCAAAAUCCAAGGGAGAAGCACCUGGGUCCAAAAGAACAAAUAAUAGUUCCUACAAAGAAUCCAACCAGCCCCGGGAGAAACUCUCAACAGUAUGAAGUUAAUAAAUCAAAUUAUAAACUACCUCACUCCGAGGGUUAUACGCCAGUCCCAAAUUUUAAUUCUGUUGAUCAACAUGAAAACUCCUAUUACCCAAGAGAAGAUUCCAGAAAAGUACCAAAUUCUGAUGGACAAACCCAAAGCCAGAUUUUGCCCAAAGGGAUGGUUUUAGCGCCAAGAAGGAUCCCAUAUGAAUCAGAAACUAAUCAGCCAGAAUUAAAGCACAGCGCAUAUCAGCCUGCUGCACACCCUGAGGAAAUCCCUUCUGCAAAAGAAUAUUUUCCUGCUGGAAGAAAUACUUGGGACCACCAAGAAAUCUCUCCACCUUUUAAGGAACAUCCUGGGAGGCAAGAAGAACAUUUACCCCAUCCUUCCCAUGGUUCUAGAGGAAGGGUUUUCUACCCUGAAUAUAACCCCUAUGAUCCCAGGGAAAACUCACCAUACCUUAGAAGCAAUACAUGGGAUGAGAGAGAUGAUUCUCCCAAUACUAUGGGGCAAAAAGAAAGUUCACUCUACCCCAUAAAUACUCCAGACCACAAGGAGACAGUCCCUUAUAAUGAAGAAGACCCAAUUGAUCCAACUGGAGAUGAAGUCUUUCCUGGACAAAAUAGAUGGGGUGAAGAGUUGAGCUUUAAAGGGGGCCCAACAGUUAGGCACUAUGAAGGUGAACAAUAUACCUCAAAUCAGCCAAAGGAAUAUCCUCCCUAUUCUUUAGACAAUCCAUCAAAACCAAGGGAGGAUUUUUAUUAUAGUGAAUUCUACCCAUGGAACCCGGAUGAGAAUUUUCCAUCAUAUAAUACAGCUCCUACUAUGUCACCACCUACAGAGAGCAGGGGUUACUAUGUUAAUAAUGCUGUUAGACCAGAAGAAAGCAAUCUAUUUCCUUCAUGGAAUUCCUGGGACCACAGGAUACAAGCCCAAGGUCAGAAAGAAAGAAGGCCAUAUUUUAACAGAAAUAUCUGGGAUCGGGCAACACAUUUACAAAAAGCCCCAGCUAGGCCACCAGACCAGAAAGGUAACCAGCCCUAUUCCAGUAACACCCCAGUUGGGCUUCAGAAAAAUCCAAUGUGGCAUGAAGGUGAGAAUUUGAACUAUGGCAUGCAAAUGACUAGGAUGAAUUCUCCAGAGAGAGAACAUUCAUCUUUCCCUCACUUCAUCCCACAAAGUUACCCAUCAGGUCAAAAAGAGGCACAUUUAUUUCACCUAAGCCAGAGAGGCUCUUGCUGUACUGGUAGCUCCACGGGGCCCAAGGACAAUCCACUAGCUCUACAAGACUACACUCCAUCCUAUGGUCUUGCCCCUGGGGAGAACCAAGACACCAGUCCUCUGUAUACAGAAGGUAGUCAUAGCAAGCACACAAGACAUAUCAUCUCCCCAACAAGCACCCUACCAGGCCAAAGAAACAGCUCAGAGAAGAUGGAAAAUGAAAACCCUUUUAGAGAUGAUGUGUCCACUCUGAGGAGGAACACACCAUGUUCUAUAAAUAAUCAACUGGGCCAAAAGGGAAUUAUGCCAUUUCCUGAAGUCGGUUCCCUUCAAGCAAAGAAUACACCUUGUCUCAAAAAUGAUCUUGGAGGAGAUGGGAACAACAUUCUGGAACAAAUUUUUGAAGACAACCAGCUCAAUGAAAGAACAGUUGACCUUACUCCUGAGCAGCUUGUUAUUGGUACACCUGAUGAAGGCUCCAAUCCAGAAGGCAUCCAAAGUCAAGUCCAAGAAAAUGAGAGUGAGAGACAGCAACAAAGACCAUCUAACAUCCUGCAUUUGCCAUGCUUUGGCUCCAAAUUAGCAAAGCAUCACUCUUCCAGCACUGGAACUCCAUCUAGCAAUGGAAGGCAAAGCCCAUUUGAUGGGGAUUCAAUUAUGCCUACUGAAAAUCCUAACACAUUGGUUGAGUUAGCUACUGGGGAACAAUUUAAGAGUACAAAUGCAGACCCACUUGAUGCAAGUGAACACAGUCCAUUUGAAUUAUUUCAAAGAGGGACCAAUGCAGAGGACCAGGUACAAGACUGCUUACUACUUCAGGCCUAGGGGUUAUCUCAACCAAGCAUUCUUGGGGGGAAGAGAAAUCACUGACAUUCUAUAUCAAUGGUUCCCAAAAUUUUUUCCCCAAGACUUAAUUAAGUAUCUGACUGUCUUGGUGAUCCUUGAGUUUUCUCCCCUCUCAGCAAUAGGAGUAGCAACCCAGGUGGAGCUAGGAGUAGCAACCCAGAUGGAGCUGAGAUUGGGCCUCUGGGGAUCACCAGAUCUAGCACUUUCACAAAUUAGUGCAGACCUUAAAAAAGCAAGAAGAUCAUGACCAUCCCUGCCUCGAAACUUGGAAGUCACUUGUCUGAGUUAAUUUCCUUUUGCCUGAUGACUUCUCCUUUUGCUCUCAAAGUUCCAUUCUUGCAAAAUUGGUUUUUCAAGACUGAAACGCAGAUUAACUUUCCAUUCUACACAUGGAGAUCCACAAAUCAGUAUAGUCCUAAUGCACUGUACAUUUUUUUCUUGUGUUGAUCUUGUCAGGUUUUUUCCUACUCAAUAUUCUCUUCAAGCAUUUUUUUCUUCCACUGCCACUCUCUUUACCUUUAUCAUUUCCUUUUCUUAGCUUUCUUCCUUCUUUUCUCUCUCCCUCAAACUUUCUGUAUUUAGCUUUCUAUUCCUCAUCUUUUUCUAUGUAUCACUUCUUACAUAUUAAGCUCGCUAUUUUAACCAUUACUAGUGUUUUCUUUAUGUCUACCUCCUCCAUUAUGUCUUCCUCUCUUCCCACCUAUCUGUUUUGUCUCCCAAUGUACCAUUUGUCAACUAAUCCCUCUCCUCUCUGACUCCUUUCUUCCCUUCAGUUUAUCUUUUUCCCUGCUACACCAUUUUCAUCUUAAGACUGCAUGUCACUCUCUUCCUUUUUGUAUCCACUCUCUAAAUCGUACCCUAAUUUUUUAUUGACCCAGCUUAACCAUCAUUAUAGAACUUAUUUUGGAAAUGGUAGACACUGAUAGCUACUUUGUUUUUAGUUAUCUUAGGGUCUCUACCAAGUAGACACAGUUCAGUUAGAGAGACGUAUUUAAGGAGAAGGGAAGAUAGGAUACCCAGGACUAGCAGCCUAGGGAAAAGGCUUAGGAAGGUGGAGAAUGAGGAACUGAAGAAACUGCCGCUCUGAGACUGCACAUCCAGGAAAAAGGACUAGGACUUGCCAUACACCGCCAAGUUAUAAUCCGCAGGAUCUGUAGAAGACAUUUUGGGAAACACUCUCUUAAAUAAAAACUCAAUGUUUAGUUGUGUUUUGUUUUGUUUUGUUUUACUAGUUCAACAUAAGCGAUUCUACUAGUA